AAAGACCACGGGAGUUCCUGAUCCAGGCGCUGGAGAGCGUGCGGGCCGGGAGCCGAGGCGAGGGGCAGUUCCCGCACCUCAUGGACGAGGACAACCUGGCCGCCAUGUUCAGCUUGCUGGAUGUGGUGGGGCAAGGCCACAUCACGCCCGCGCAGCACCGAGAAGCUCUUAAAACUUUGGGACUGAGCACUGAAGGGCUGGAGCUUGCAGAUGAUGUGAAGAUCACGCUGGAUGUAUUCAAGGAAGAAGUGAAGAAAAAGAUGCUGGAGAGCUGGGCUGUGUAUUAG